UGAAUACGGAAUAGAACGCUGCAUUAAAGUCGUACACCUAUGUUUUAUCUUUAUUAAAUUGAACUGAUUUCAUGUCAAUUGUGCAGUAUAUGACUUCAUUAUGAGGAGAAUUGUAAGCACUUUCAUAGCAUUUUCAUUCCUGAUUAUACUGCCCUUUUCAACUUUUGGUGAUGAUUGGUCAGUUAAUUGUCCUUCAAACUGUACAUGCAAAUGGGCUAAUGGCAAAAAAUCUGCAAUAUGUAACUCAAUGGAAUUUACUUCAAUACCUACACCACUUAGCACCGAAAUACAGGUUUUAGAUCUUAGUGAUAAUCAAAUAGCGUACUUAAGCUGUGAAGAAUUCAUCAAAUUAGAGCUUUUAAAUUUGCAGCGAAUAUACCUCAAAAAAUCCAACAUACAAUAUAUUCACCGAGAAGCAUUUAAAGAUUUAAAAAUUUUAGUUGAAGUAGACUUAAGUGACAAUAAAAUCGAAAUGUUGGAAAAAGAAACUUUUACUGGCAAUGACCGAUUAAGAAUACUAUAUUUAAGUGGUAAUCCAAUAAAAAAAUUAGUUGCAUAUCAAUUUCCAAUAUUGCCACAAUUGAGGACUUUAGAUUUAAAUGAUUGUUUAAUAAAUCAAAUUGAUCCUUUGUCGUUUGCAAAUUUAAAACUGCUUGAGUCAUUGUAUUUGAAGAAUAACUUACUUGAAAAUUUAUCUGAACGGGUAUUCAAACAUAUGAAUAAUCUGAAAACUUUAACUUUAGAUGAAAAUCCUUGGCAGUGUAAUUGUAAUUUACGUAAUUUUCGAAACUGGUACAUAAGGAGUAAUUUAAAUAGCAUUAGUUUAACAUGUGAGGGACCAUAUCCACAUAAAUCGAAACAUUGGGAAAAUAUUGACGGCAAAUAUUUUGGUUGUCAACCAAAAGUGGAAAUAUUUAGAAAUUAUGAUGUGCGAUACAUCGAUACAGGAACGAAUACAACUUUUAGUUGCUUAGUAAACGGUGAUCCAUUACCAGAAGUAGCAUGGGAGUUUAAUGGGAAAGCUGUCAACAAUGAUAAUACUGCCACUAACCAAUUAAUAUUGUCUAAUAAUAAAUUUUGGAGUAAUUUAACAAUAUUUAAUGUAACCAGUCUAGAUGGUGGUACUUAUACAUGCUCAGCACAAAAUAUAAUCGGAACUUCUAGCCAAAACAUUAGUUUAUAUUUAACAGAAAUUGUACAACAUGUUCUUGUUAAGACUCCUCAAACUUUUUGGUACUUUGGUCUUAUAAUGGGAAUUUUUGGUACAAUAUUUUUAUUAAUUUUACUGUCAUUUGUUGUUUGCCUCUGUAAAAGGCAAACACGAAAUCACCAACAACCUAACACUAAUAUCAAGGGCAGUGUUAGUUUUAUUGAUCAACAAAAACAACUUUUAGAUUUAAGUGUAACAACUAAUGAUCGGGGAGACAGUAUUGGUAUUGAUAAUAAUACACCAUCAAUUAUUCAAGCAGAAUCAGUAAUUGGUUUUGAACCAGUUGAAAUAACUGUCGAAAAUCAUACUGGUAACUUGAGUAAUCAUUAUAACGGAAGCGCUCGAAAUACACGCCUAAAUGAUAAUAUUAGAGAUUUAAAUUCAAACAAAAAAUUACAUGGGCAUUUGUCGCCACUAGCUUUAGGUAAAGUUAACUCUGUUGAUCCUGGAGGAUAUAAUUUAAACUCAAAUAUGCUCAAUGUUAUCCCAAGUAAUAUGAAUGUAAAUAUUCCAAAUCGAAGUGGUGCUGUUAUUGGAACACUUGUACAUAAUCACAAUAUGGUAGAAGAAUAUCCACGAAAUGUCGACGUUUUUCCUCCACCGCCAGAAUUUUGUACAAAUGCAGCACUAACAACAGCCAACCCUGGUUAUGGUAAUAUAUUUAUAUCAGUAUCUGUUAAACAGGAUGUCUUAGACAAUACGGAUCCAAAUAUGUAUCCAGAUUUAAUAAAUUUACCACAACGUGUUGACGAUAAUUUACCGGUUCAACAAAAAGCAACGAACGUUUCCACUUCCGUAACACUAUCUAGAAAUGCAAAAAUUGAUUCUUCAGAAAGAAACUCAAAUUUAUAGCAGAAUAAUGAAAUUGUCCCAGUGGUAAAUAAUAUGUUACCAACAGCUAGGUAAUAAAUAGAAGUCAUAGAAAUUAUUAAAUAAAUAAUAUUAUAAGACAACAUAUCAAAAAAAAAUUUUUGAAAAGAACACACCCAGAAUUUUCUUAAAAGCUGAAAACGAAAACUUGUACUGAUCAUGGAGAUCUAUUUUUAAAAAAACUUAUAAUGACAGCCAAGAAUUCAUUUAUGAUUUAUGAUUCAAAGAAUCCAUUUACCAUGUACAUAAUGUUCAGUAAUUAUUGUUGUUGUUAUAUUGACGCUCAAAGUCAGAAAAUGAAAGCUGUCAUAAUGGGCGCUGUUACCACGCAAGUCAUAGUGAUGUACAUAUACCUUAAGAUAUAUAAUAUAUCGGGAAAAAUUCAUCAAGAAUAAAAUCAUCUGAAGUAAGGAGUUUAUUAUAAUUAAAUACUCGGAAUGUUAUUCACAUUAAGUUUCACGAAUAUUGUGUAUAAAGUUAGUAACAUUUAUUAUAAUUUUACAGUGUGUUUUAUUCUAAUUAGAAACAUAUACAAAGUUUUAUUUGAA